AUGUGGCGAUUGAAGGAGAGAGCGGGUGAACUGUGCCGCAGCGGAAUCUUUCGUGCGACUUCCAGCAGAAAGCUGCUGUCAGGCUUGGGACAAGCCUUCGACGCGGCGAGCGUCGCGGAUUUUCGGAGUACCACCCCAGUCGAGAAUGUGGAUGUAUUUAUCAGCCAUUCCUGGUCGGCUGACCGGUGGGAAAAAUACCUGGCCGUGUGCUACUUUCUGAACUUGGGCUUGGCAGCGAAGGCAAUGACGGCGUGGCUCGUGGUGGUCGCAGGCAUCAUGCUAGCUGUUCCUGCACCGUCCAUCCACAUGAUGUUCGUGUUCUCGUUGGAUGUCCCUGUUGUAACAUUCAUUUUGGUUUUCUUCUUUGGCCAGCACCUCACUUGCGGAGUUUGGGGUCCUCGCUUCUGGGUGGACAGGCUCUGCGUGGACCAAACCGAUGAGACAACGAAGUCUGCAGGGAUCGCAGCCUUGCCCACGUUUGUGGCGAACUCUUCUCAAAUGCUCGUCCUUUGGGACAAGUCAUACUACGAACGGCUCUGGUGCAACUUUGAGGUGUCGAUUUUCGUGAAAAGCCACGAUCUAAAGAGUUUGCGGCUAUUGCCACUGUGGCUCGCUCCGUGGAUGCUGACGACGAUGCUGCUCUCAUAUAUUUCAGCUCGGCUCCUCGCUGUCUUCACCGAGUUGGGUGAUCCUGGCAAUCUUAUGAAGUCGGCAGUUGGUGCCAAUCCUUUUGCAAUUUUAUUACACCGAUUGCGCGAGUAUGUCGUGGACGGUCAGGUUUUCGCGCUCUUCUACCUACCAUCCAUCAUGAUCGGCGUUGUGGCUUUCCAAAAGAAACUGGAUGGACACCAAAAUAUGCUGGAAAGCAUGGACUCCUUCGAUGUACGACAUGCCAAAUGUGCUGAGGAGCAGGACAGGAAUGUCAUCGAGGCCCAGGUGGCGGAGCUCUUCGACGGCCUCGAGGAUCCCAUCAUUGCGGUGCCUAUCGAAGUGGCCGAGUCUUAUCCUGGCCUCGAGGAGCUCAUCGGCUCGUCGUUGACAGUCUCAGCUCGUCUUGCUUUGCGCGCUGUGACGGGCCUUGCGAAACAUGACGAUUGCCUGGAAGAGUUCAACAAGUAUGUGCAAGGCCCAAUGCGCGAUGCAGCUGUCGCAGAUCUCGGGGACGUGACUGAUAUACCCCAUGCUGUCUGUGUGCUGGCAAUGCUCCCUUGGGCCUUGUCCUGGGCUCCCUUUGCUUGGAGCGGACUACCUGCAUUUCAUGCGCUCGGCUAUAGAUCUAAAUUCGAUUAUGUGGCCGCGAUGGUGAUUGAAUUCCUGUUCUUCGUGCUGGUGUGCCCUGCAGUGCUUCCUGGUCUGCUCCGGUGUGUCAAAUGCCUCGACAAGAGCCUCGACCGUGGCCCUUUGCAGACAACAGUGGCCUGCGGCUGCGGAAUGCUGCUGUUCAACUUUGUGCAGCUUGAGACAGCUUUCUUCGCUGCAUCGCUGGAGAUCUUUGCCAUCACACAGCACCCAGCUUUGCUUUGUUUCUUUGUGCUCGCAAUUGUCGCCACCAUGUUCCAGCACUACACGCUCUUCGGCGCAGGGCGGCCGCAACCGUCCAGCAGGGAGGUUGGGAUGUAG